GUAGAAAAACGAUAGUCGAAGAAAAAGAAAGUAGAUUGAAUUGAAUAAAGAAAGUAAAUUUAAGGCAUACGAUAAUAAAAGAAUAAUUGUUGAACUAAAGAAGAUAAGGCAACCAAAUCUUUUAGCAGUUUCCAUAAAAACGCUGGUUUUUUCUGCUCAAAGGAGAGCUUUGAUAACUUCUCGUUCAACAAAACUAAAAGAUUUGCAAUGGCCGACAAUCACCAUUGCCAGGCUUGCAAUGAAUUGGACCAAGAACCUAUGGUGGCCUGCGAUAAAUGCGAUUCAUGGUGGCAUUUCGAAUGCGUGGGUGUCGGAGACAGCGUAAGCGAGAAGGAAUUUAUUUGUCCGAAGUGUAGCGGCAAUACGGAAAAAGAGAACCCAACAACAGAACCCAUGAAAUCUGCUGAUACGAACGCUGGUGGUUCGACGACAGGAAAACAUUCCAACACAAAUCUUCGACUACAAAUGCUAGAAGAACAGAAGGUAUUGAUGGCGCGAAAAUUGGAGAUGGAACGCGCCGAGCAACGAAGACAACACGAGGUGGAGAGACUAUUAAAGGACACCGAAAUUGAAAAGAAGCAGUUGGAGAUGGAGAUAGACUUUUUGGAGGAGAAGUUCCGGGUUCUGGAACAGGAUGGUGAUGACGACGGUGACGACGUGAUGAGUAGAGCAUCCGCACAAAGCAGUAUCAGCAAGGUGAAUCGAUGGCGAGAACAACUUCUAGGAGGUGUGGUCAAUUCAACCAUGGCAAUCCAAGAGACCGUUCCUAUUCCGGUUACAUCUUCGACAACUGCUGUGAAUGUUUCACCGCAAACAACUAUCCAGUCUAACGCCGAAGGAAUUCCAACGACAUCUGGAAAUGGUCCUGUUCUCGCUACACUCACCGAAGUCGCCGCCCAUAACUCCAAUAAUGAGGGUGUCAAUCGUCAGCAUCAACCGAUGCGAGCUGUCACCGUACCCGAAGGUAGAAUUCCCGUUCCAGUUCCGAUCCGUACUGUAGGGCUUCCGAACAGUACAGCACGCCAAAAACAACCGUCAAACCUGCCGGUAUGUAACGACAACACUCGUCCAAUUGGUGGUGUAAUAAAUGAAAUCCCACCACAGGGCCAGUUAUUUAAUGCAAAGAUAGGAGGUGAAACGAACAGGAGACGUUAUGAUACUAGUAAUAUUAUGAGUCACGAUUAUGUGCUAGGUAGACAGGUGUUAGCAGGAACAAAUGGCUUGCAAGGCAAUGUACCGUCUUCGCAAGCUGGGAUUCAAGAAUUCGGUUCUCGAUAUUAUUUUUCACCUACACAAAAUCAUUCAUUUCUCCAAGGCGCACCCAAUCAAUAUUCCUUUCCUCCUGGACCAUCCGGUAACAGUCUACCACAGUCGUAUCCUCCGUCGAACUCAUACCUUUCUCGGACCAACCCUUCAAUGCUCCGGGUAGGUCCCACUCCGGAACAGUUAGCAGCGCGUCAAGUUUUGCCAAAGGAGCUUCCACCAUUUUCGGGCAACCCGGAAGAUUGGCCACUUUUUAUAAGUUCAUUCAACAAUUCAAACGACGCAUGUGGGUUCACGCAUGCGGAGAACUUGAUGCGACUCCAGCGGUGUUUGCGUGGUCCAGCUCUAGAUGCUGUUCGAAGUAGGCUUCUAUUACCAAAUUCAGUGCCGCAAGUGAUAUCUACGUUGCAGACACUAUAUGGAAGACCGGAAAUACUUGUGUACGCUCUUCUGAAAAAAGUUCGCGAAGUUCCCGCCCCAAAAUCAGAAAGGCUGGAGACUUUGAUAGGAUUUGGUAUGGCAGUUCAGAACCUCUGCGAUCACCUGCAGGCUGGUGAGCAAGAGGCUCAUUUGAACAACCCCACAUUGCUUUUCGAGCUAGUCGAUAAGUUGCCGUCAAAUCUCAAACUGGACUGGGCAAUGGUUAAACGGCAACAGCCGGGAGCUAACCUUCGCACAUUCGCUUCGUACAUGUCGACGAUAGUAUCGGCAGCCACCGAGGUCACGUUGACGGUGGACACGAAAAUCCCUCAUCAUCGGAUGAAGGAGAAGAAUUACUGCAAUUCUCAUUCUGCAGAAGCUACUACCUCAGAUAGUCACCCGAAGCCGGUGGAUAACAGUUUCGGCAUAAAACAAUGCCUGAUAUGCAAAGAUUCACAGCACAGAGUGAAAAGUUGCGAUUCUUUUAAAAAAUUGACAGUUGAUGAGCGCUGGAAGUUGGUGCAAAAAUUAUCACUUUGUCGCAUUUGUUUAUUUUCUCACGGAAGACGUCCGUGCAGAUCCAAAGAGCGCUGUUAA